GUCAGGCUGCUCUUCUUCCUCAACAAGGUACACCCAGCAGCGAUCAAAAGCCGAAAACUCAAGCCGCAGACAUGAGCAGGAAAUUCUUUGUAGGUGGUAACUGGAAGAUGAAUGGCGACAAGAAGAGUCUUGGCGAGCUUAUCCAGACCCUGAAUUCCGCCAAGCUGGACUCAAACACCGAGGUGGUGUGUGGAGCCCCAGCAAUCUACCUUGACUUUGUCAGGUCCAAGCUGGACCAAAAGCUUGGUGUUGCUGCCCAGAACUGCUACAAGGUCGCCAAGGGAGCCUUCACAGGGGAGAUCAGCCCUGCGAUGAUCAAGGACUGUGGCGUGCACUGGGUGAUCCUGGGACACUCUGAGAGACGCCACGUCUUUGGAGAGAGUGAUGAGCUCAUUGGUCAGAAGACUGCCCACGCCCUGGAGAAUGGCCUGUGUGUGAUUGCCUGCAUUGGAGAGAAACUGGACGAGAGAGAGGCUGGCAUCACAGAGAAGGUGGUCUUUGAACAGACCAAGGUCAUUGCAGACAAUGUAAAGGACUGGACCAAGGUUGUCCUCGCCUACGAGCCUGUGUGGGCCAUCGGCACUGGCAAGACUGCAUCCCCACAGCAGGCCCAGGAGGUUCAUGAUAAACUAAGGCAGUGGAUGAAGGCCAACGUGUCUGAGGAGGUCGCCAAAUCAGUCAGGAUAAUCUACGGGGGUUCCGUGACCGGGGGCACCUGCAAGGAGCUCGCUUCCCAGAAGGAUGUGGAUGGUUUCUUGGUGGGCGGAGCCGCCCUCAAGCCAGAGUUUGUUGACAUCAUCAACGCCAAGGCGUAAAAACCAGGAAGUGUUGACGAGACCACACCCAGAUCUGAGGCCAGCUCUAUUCAGAUGACCACCCGAUUCUUUAUCCCUACUACUCGGCACGUAGCACCUGUUCCCCAUCCCUUUUUUAUUGAAAGUAUUUGUGUGAUGUCAUUUCCUGUUUCUUUUGUUAUUUCUGUUGUUGAAAGAAAAGGGACAGAUUGACACAAGCACUGUACAGCACUGAAAUGCUAACGGCUCUGAGAUGGUGUGUGCACUAACAUCCAAAUUAGCUCUAAAUCAGAAAAAUAAAAACAGCCCAGGGUGAAAGAACAAUCCAUGCCUUUACUUGAAAGUUUACAAACUUUUGUGUAUGCCGUGUCAAAGCUCUUGUCACAGAUUCACUUGUCUUUUUAACGAAGCUUUGUGUAAUUGAUGUUUUGUGUCUUAUCCCUUCCUGUAGAACUGCAUGAUCCGCUCCCUCAUUGGCUACUCAGCCAGUAGGAGGUGUCCAUUACAUGUCAAUUAUGUUGUGUCAUGGCCAAUGGUAAGAAAGGGAAAAGGUUCUAGAGAAACGUUGUAAUAAAUGGUUUAGAGGCUG